UAUCGUUUCCUCAAAAACUACCAGUGCAAAUGGCCUCAAUAUUUUAUUCCUCCGUGUGCCAGUCCCCGUCCUCACUUCUGAAUUCUUCUCUGCGCUCUUUUACUCGAUGUAGAGGACACUAUUUCCAGGGCCACAUCCACAGCCGACCUUUUUCUGUUCAACCUUCUCUGUACAAGCAACAUCAUCCCCCAACUCCAAAAGCGUCUACAAUACGAAAAACGACACGAGAAAAUAUUUACACGAUACCGAAUGCGCUAACACUUUCGCGUAUCAUAGCCUGCCCAGUUCUUGGCUGGUCAAUAUUGAACAGCGAUUUCAAGCUUGCAACAGGUUUGUUGGUCUACGCUGGCCUCACCGACUUGGCUGAUGGGUAUUUGGCGCGUCGUUUCAAAAUGCAUUCGGUUUUGGGAACGAUUCUUGAUCCUGCGGCGGACAAGGCGUUAAUGACGACGUUAACAGUAACUCUGGCGAUGAAAGGGUGCUUGCCUGCUCCUGUUGCAGUGGUAAUCCUCGGUCGAGAUCUGCUCCUUGUGCUGGCUGCAUUCAAGAUACGAUAUACGUCCUUACCCCAUCCGAAAACGUUCUCGCGGUAUUGGGAUUUCUCCAUUCCUUCAGCCGAAGUUCGUCCGACUGAAAUCAGCAAGAUAAAUACGGCAUUGCAACUCCUUUUGAUGGGAGCUACCACUGUGGGCCAGCUAAUUUCACCAGAAGCGGGAAUCACGCUACUCGACCAACAUCUCACUGUUGAUCUUGCACUAACCGGGUUGCAGUGGAUUGUUGUCGCGACGACGAUAUGGAGUGGACUUUCAUACGUUUUUUCUCCGAGUGCCUACCGUGUCCUCAACGCAAAGCGGCUAGCGCGGAAAAAGCUUUGAUACUUGCUUAAUAAAGACGUCUCGGUUGCCGUCCCUCCUCAGCAAUACAGAAUGAUACAAUGCGUCGACAAAGAUUAAAAUGGAAAAAAGAUAGAUUAUGAUUGGGACGGUUUAGCGGCUCGCCGUCUCCGCACGUCUUGCAAGGCAGCAGCAACGGCCUCCUUAGACUCGCAUUGUUUUUGCCAUUCAGCACUGGCGCGUCUAUAAAAACAAGGGUUGUCUAUCAGCUCGAGACCUCCUGUCGUUCUGUACGCCACUUACCUCACCCGGGACAAAAAUACAAACAUUUGUGCAAUA